CCAGAGGCAAACGAAACUUGGCUUCUUUAGCCUACCGAAACCGAUCGAGUGAUGAUGCCAGUACUAGCACUGCUCUGGUACAAAACGUAAAACAAGCUAGGAGUUAAAUCUAUUUAAGAAACGAUGGCUUCAAUGCAGGAACAGAACUGGGAUUUGGAGAGUGGAGACUGUAUACAGAAAGAGACUAGCAGCAGCAGCCAGACGCCAUCCAGCAGCAUUUUAUCAUCUUCUUUUCUGCGGAGAAGACCGAAUCAAGAAAGGCCUCCCGUAGGGAUGUUUAAACAAUUCUUGAAUAAUCUGCGACUGGUUUUUCUUGGAACCAAACUCUGUGUCCUCAUUCCAGCCAUCCCUUUGGCCAUCCUCGGUCAGUGUUAUGGUUUCAUGACACGACAGUGGAUAUUUGCGUUGAGCCUGCUAGGCCUCGCCCCACUUGCGGAACGUAUGAGCUUCCUAACUGAGCAAAUAGCAUACUUUACCGGUCCAACAGUGGGAGGCCUGCUGAACGCAACAUGUGGCAACGCAACAGAGCUUAUACUUGCCUUGUUUGCUCUUCGCGAAAGGAAAAUACUUGUUUUGAAAUACUCUCUUCUGGGUUCCGUCCUUUCAAACCUUCUUCUCGUAUUGGGGUCCUCUCUUUUCCUCGGAGGCUUGGCCAAUCUUAAGAUGGAACAAACAUUUGACAGGAAGCAGGCUGAUGUAAACUCACUUCUUUUGUUGCUGGGACUGCUUUGCCAUGUGCUUCCGCUGAUUUUUGGAAACUCUAUAGAACCACAACUACUUGAUGAUAUGGACCAAAACUCGGUCGUUUGGCUGUCGAGAACCAGCGGCAUUUUAAUGCUUGUGGCCUAUGGGGCUUACCUCUUCUUCCAAUUGAGAACCCACCGGCAGUUUUUUGAAGCUGAAGGGGAAGAUGAAGAUGAAUUGUCCGAAAAUGAAGCAGUGAUAGGCUUUUGGAGCGCCUUUAUUUGGUUAGUCGCGAUGACAAUAAUUGUUGCUAUUCUGUCCGAGUACGUUGUGGGUACAAUCGAGGCUGCAUCAGAUUCUUGGAAAAUCUCCGUGAGCUUCAUAAGCUUAAUUUUGCUUCCAAUCGUUGGGAAUGCAGCAGAACAUGCAGGAUCAGUCAUAUUUGCUUUGAAAAAUAAGCUGGAUAUAACUUUGGGAGUCGCCUUGGGAUCUGCAACUCAAAUUUCGAUGUUCGUGGUUCCAGUCAGCGUUAUAGUGGCAUGGACAAUGGGAAUCCCAAUGGAUCUGGAUUUCGGCCUUCUUGAGACUUCUUGUCUCGGUUUUUCAAUCAUACUCACAGCUUUCACCUUGCAGGAUGGAAAUUCACAUUAUAUAAAAGGAGUGGUUCUUUGUCUGUCCUACGCUGUAAUUGCUGCGUGCUUCUUCUUUCACAAAAUGCCAGCCGAUCCAACCAAAGCCGGUAUGUGAGAGAAAUCAACUGGUAUCUUGGUUGCAUAAGCCGGUUUCGCCCUACCAAAGGGAGCUUAAUUUGUUGUUAAUAUGAUAACUUUGGAUUGUAAUUUUUUUUAAUUGACAAAAAAAAUUCAGUUUAAAAUUUGUGCGCGAGGAUUAAUGUGGCAAGAAAGAUUUAUAGUCGUUUCAAAAGGAGGGCUGAAAUGAGAAAAAGAAGUCGGCAAUGGGAGUUUUAAGAGUUUUUUUUUUUUUUUUUUAAAAAAAAGAGUCAUCAGCUCAAAGAACAUGGGAUAUAAGAGGCAUCGAUCGGUAGCGCGCAGAUGAAGAAUACAACAAUUUCUGUAAUAAGACCUGGGGAAGUAAGAACUUUCGACGUGUCAGGAACAAAUUAAAUUUGAUAAUAUUUUGUACUCGAGGCAGCCCAAGGCAUCUUUCCUGGGUAUUGUCUCUAUGAGCUGGUCACAUAGUACUUUAACAUUGACGAAGAACUACUUUUCCAUCCA